GCCCGCCGGAGCCGUGGGGUCGGGGCGGCGCCGUCUUCCUCGCCCUGCCCCCCGCCAGGGCCAUGAGCCGCCUCAGCGGUGGCUGGGACGGAGCCGGCAAGGAGGUCGAGCGCCUGCUGGACCUAUGCAUUCGAUGUCUGACAAAGAACCUUUCCAGAUAUGCUGCUGAUUUAAAGUCAUUACCACCCAACAUAAAGGAUAAACUGAUUAAAUUAAUGAGUUUGCAAGGGCAAAUAACUGAUUCAAAUAUCAGUGAGGUGUUGCACCCUGCUGUAGAGUCUCUAGACCUCAGAGACUGUCGAAUUUCAGAUAAUGCAUUAUUACAGCUUUGUAACUGCAAGCAAUUGAAAAAAAUCAACUUAAAUUCGUGCAAAGAAGAGAGAUUGGGAAUAACUUCAGAAGGUGUCACAGCACUGGCCUUAUCCUGCCCUUACCUGCGUGAAGCGUCUUUUAAAAGGUGCUGCAAUAUAACUGACAGUGGAGUUCUUGCUCUUGCACUCAACUGCCAGUUCCUACAAAUAGUGAACUUGGGCAGCUGCUUAGGCAUCAUGGAUGCAUCUCUGCAGGCACUAGGAAAAAACUGCCAAUUUCUUCACAGUGUGGAUUUUUCAUCUACUCUGGUAACAGAUGAUGGCGUUGUAGCACUAGUGAGUGGAACAUGUUCGAAGAAUUUAAAGGAGAUCCACAUGGAACGCUGCGUGAAUCUGACCGACGUUGCUGUGGAAGCAGUCAUUACUUGUUGUCCAAAGAUACAUAUUUUUCUCUUCCAUGGAUGCCCAUUGAUAACAGAUCGUUCCCGAGACGUUUUAGAGCAGCUAGUCAUAUCAAACAAAAUGAAGCACGUAACAUGGACUGUUUAUUGAUCAUUUAUUGUGUUCUUAUGAGUGUCAAGUUUACAGAUGGGAGAGCCCUUUCAGAAAAGGAGCACCUUGGAGAAAUAGCUGGUGACUUUUGUACUACCAGAUUGCUUGCUUCCUUCCUUGUUCCACCAGAGGUCUCCAUCAUCAUUCCAGUCCUUGCCUGUGAGUCUUGGCUUCCUCAUUGUCUCUACUUAGAGCCCUGUUUGUCUUUGCAUCACUGGUCAUACUUCCUUAAGAGAAAAGUUAAGCAAUAAUUAAUAUUACACCGUCAUGGCUCAGCAUUCUUGAAGUAUCAGAUUUGACUGCUGAUUAGCAUCUUAGCUAUGUGUACAAACCCAGUUUAAGUAAGUCUCUGUUCUGAGGUUGUUGUCUGAUAGUGUAGUUUUAACUAAAAGUACCAAGUGUGUGUAAAGUUGGGACUUUAAUCUGACAAAAUCAACAGACAGAACUAGUGAAUGGAGGUGGCAUUAACAGCAAUGUCAAUGUAUUUUAAGUAGUAACAAACAGUCUCCUUUCACCGUGUACUUUUGCUAGCUCUGGAGGAAAAACUGUAGGUACCUUUCUUUUGAUGUUUCUAAUGCUGCAGAUGUCUUAUUUACCAUCAUUUAAUGGAUUUGUUUUACAUAUCCAAAAGUACAGUCUGUGAACAUGUAAACACAAAAUUGCUUUGAAAUUAUUGUAGUGACUCAACAAAUUUCAGAGUAGUAGCUAUAACCAAUAAAAUAAUCUUGUAUAUCAUAGAAUGGUUUGGAUUCUAAGAAACCUUAAAGAUCAUCUAGUUCCAACCACCCUGCAUGGGCAGGGACAUGUCCUGCUAGACCAGUUUGCUCAAAGCACCAUCCAACCUGGCCUUGAACACUUCUGAGGAGGGGGCAUCCAUAAUGCCUCUGUGGAACUGUUUCAAAGUCUGAUUUAGGAUCCUGCUGACUGUGCCAAUUUGUUGUAAAAUUACUGGAGUGCACCUCCCUCAAAAGAGAGAAUUGGCAGUAUAUUUUACUGAUAACAAAGCUCAGUGAUAAAUGUGAAACAUUUAACAAGAUCGGAUGGCAAGGUACAUUUGAGUAAUUACUGCAUUGUGUUAGAAUGAUUCACACAGAGACUGGAGAUGCAGGAGGGUAAGGAAGAACCCCCCCUGCAUGGAGUCGCAAGGUUCAGAAUGGACCCCCUUGCUUUCUGAACUCCUGGUGGAGCUUAGGUGUGGUUAGAUCCAGUCUUCGUCUCAGAUUUGGUCAAUGGUUUGUCUCUAAUGGAAUUAUCUAUACUAAGCUUAUAAUAAUAUUUAAUAGCUCCAUGGAUUAGUGGUGUUUCAUGAGUAUUAAUUCAGCAUGCUAUUGUCACAUACCAAAGACAUGCCUUGGUAAAAGGUUUCUGUGCCUCAAGCAGCAACGUUGAGAGGUGUCCCAGCUCAAGGGGAGAUCACUGCCAUGCAGCCACUUUGCCUAGCAAGGGAGAGUUCAAAGAAGGCUCACUUAGACUGUCAUAUUUAUGGAAUAAAGUGGUUUGCCUGUGAUCAGAUUACACUCAGUGAGAAAGGUAUGCAUGAGACUCCUUGAACUCACAAUUUACUUUGUUCUUUCAUAAAUGAAUGUUGGAAAAGCUACUUGCUAUUCAUGUGUUAAUCGCAUGAUUGGCAUUCCAGGCUCAUGCAUCGAUGCCCACUGUGUCACUCCAUUGUGAUAUUCAGAGAACAGACUGAAACUACAGGGAUUUGUGGCCUGGCUGCAGCUCAGUCCUUUACCUCCUUUGGAGCCUGUACUAAAAUACUGUUAGUUUGGUUAAGGGGUUGAGUGCAUCCAUCACAGCAACCUGUUCCAGUGUCUCAGUACCUUCACAGGAAAGAAUUUCUUCCUAAAAACCAUUCUAAAUCUGCCCUCUUUUUUCAGUUUAAAACCGUUACCCCUUGUCCUACCACUACAUGCCCUUUUAAAAAGUCCCUCCCCACCUUUCCUGUAGCCCUUCAGGUACUGGAAGGCUGCUAUUAGGUCUCCCCAGAGCCUUCUCUUCUCCAGGCUGAACAACUCCAGCUCUCUCAGCCUGACUUCACAGAAGAGGUGCUCCAGCCCCCUGAUCAUCUCCAUGGCCCUCCUCUGGGGUUGCUCCAAGAGCUUCAUCUCCUUCUUGUGUUGGGGGCUCCAGAACUGGACACAGUACUGCAGGUGGAGUCUCAGAAGAACAGAGCAGAGGGGAAGAAUGACCUUUCUCAGCCACACCUCUUUUGAUGCAGCCCAGGACACAGUUGGCUUUCUGGGCUGCAAGCACACAUUGCUGGCUCAUGUUGAGCUUCUCAUCAACCAACACUCCUAAGUCCUUUUCCUCAGGGCUGUUCUCAAACCAUUCUCUGCCCAACCUGUAUAUGUUUCUAGUCUAUACUUCCUGCCCAAAGUAGGGCCAGCUUAGAGCUCAGACCAGCUUAGUCAGAGCUUUAUCCAGCCAAGUGUUGAAAAACUGACCUUCAAAACAUUUUCAAGCCACUUGUUCCACUGCUUGACUUGUAUUAAUGGUGGAAAAAUUUUCUUUCUGUCCUGUUUGACCUAUUUUGUUUCAACUUGCACCCCUCCUUGGUGGAAGAGCCUGACUGUGAUCCUGACAGCCUCCUCACUGGCAUGGGCAUGCUGCUUAGAGGUCCCUUGAAGUCUUCUCUUUUCCAUGCUGAACAAGCCUAGUUCCUUCAGUUUGUUAUUGGAAGACAGGUCACUAUAACAUAGUGUGGUGAUGCUUACCAGACUCACAAGUACUACAUUCAGAAAGAUUAAUUAUAUAUGAAGAUAAUGUAAAGCAGCUAAAGGUGGAAGACCACCAAAACCUGUAACAGCAAAGGACACUUAAUAUAUAUAUCUGUGGGGCAGACAGUACUACUGCUAACAUCACAGGCAGGGUUGUCUCUUUUCCCCUUGUUAGUGUAACCUUGGAUUUUCCAUGUUGGAGGCAAAUGCAGCUUAUACUGUAUCCUUAUAUGUGCAUGUAAAUUUACUGUUUUCUCCUCUGGCCUCUUCUAAAUAUGCAACUUAUUGGUAUAUCUUCACUUUGUGCUUAAAAAUCUGUACAACACUGCAAUGAAUUAACAUUGUAUUUUUAGGUUUGAAAGUUGAGCAUAAGUAAUGUUAAAACCUUCACUGUCAGAGCCUGAUCCUGCUCUUUGGGGUUCAUUACUAGUGUAACUACUGGUUUUUAUUUUUUUUAAAUUCAGGUUACAUCACAGCCAUUUUCAACAUGUUUACAAGCUCUGAGUGAGGUGGGAGAAGAACAGCAUGUAUGUGCUUAUCACUUAAUAUUCUGUAUUGUCUGGAUAUUGUUACUGUUGUCAGUUGUUUGGUAAGCACUGCAGGAUAUUCACAUACUGUUACAAAGAUUAAAGUUUGUAAGUCUUCUGUU